AUGCUCGGCUUUAAUCAGAUCUCAACAUUAUUACAUGGCACUACGCGUAAGGCUGCUCUUUCUAUCAGUGGACAGGGCUUUCGCAUUCCUUCGAGUUUUAAUAGAAAUGUUCAGGGUGGUGCCGAAGGGGAGUUGAAAUUUGGAAAAGCCAUUUACUUUGCAGAGGCCAAAAAGGCGACAGAAUACGGUGAAAAUACUCUUGUUCUUGCUGAUUGCAUUCUUGGUCGUAUUCAAGAAAAACAAGUAUCGGAACUUCAGCUCAUCCCUUCUACCGUUCACCGACGUGGUUACCACGCUAUUCAUUAUUACAAUAAAGAUGAAGGACUUGUAAACCAAGAAUGGGCCAUUUAUGAAUCCGAACAAUGCUAUCCUCUUUGUAUCAUCGACUACGAGUUUCUCGACAUCAACAGUUCAUCAGAGGAGACACUUCUCACGCAAAUCAAAAUGAUGAAUCAUAUAUAUCCUGACUGGACUAUUCUUCAUCAAGCGCUGAUUGGCACCGAAAAUCAACGCAAAGAAGCGCUAAGAUUUAUUGGCGACACUGCUAAAAAGAACGCGUCACAAGCGAGCAGAUUGAUGCAUUUAUUGCUGACUAAUUUAUCUAAAGAUCGGAUUGGCUUACUGUUGAAAGAACCAAACGAGACUAUUCGAAUUCUUUUCCUCCGUGCACUCUGGCAAACAGGUCGAUAUAAUCCUAAUCUUCAACCAUACAUCCACAUGAAUCUUAAGUGGUCCUUAUUGAUCGAGUCGUUACAGUCAGGCUAUGCCGACGUAUCAUGGCGCGCUUGCGGUGUAAUAACCAAUAUGGCAGCAAUCAUGACUAAUAUACGUCAUUUACUCGUUUCCUCAGAAAUACUAAAUCAUUUAAUGGUUUUGCUCAAACGAGCUGUACAGUGUGAAGACAAAGUUUGUAUGUUAACUGUCCUUCAUCUUCUGGCUAAUAUUACGGUGUCCCAGCACGAGGUUAUAAAACAAAGAAAAGAUAUUCUCGAUUAUGUUAAUCAAAAUUUGCUUGAUCACAAAGAUUCAGAGAUUCAAGAAGCCGGCAAUCGGCUCUUUUGCAAUAUCAUUGGAAAAGGAAUUCUCAGUAGUGACUGGCAGCGAGGGGGCUACAAAGUCACCGAGAUGGCGCCAAAUAUAGAAUAACUAUGAACUAAAUUACACUUCUAUAUCGUGUAUUUAUUUUACCAAAUAAAUCACCCUUAGCUAGGACGUAGUUGUGCGUGUAUGUGAGUGUAGGCGUAAAUAUUUUUUCAUCCAAACACAUACAUACAUCCAUCAUAAUCACACGCAAUACUUCGCAGCCACAUCUUUAUUUUACUUUUCAGUAUAUCAAGUUCAGACUUUGUCGAUUCUUUUCGAUAAACGAAACCCAUCACUUGUCUUCGAUGUUGCGUAAUUUCCGCAUUGAUAUCAUCGAUCAUGUACAAUUGAUUGAUCACUCGGAAAGCGUGUCAAUUUGAUACGUGACAGAACGAUUGGGAAGAGGGUGCUAAAACAAUUCAUCGUCGACAAUUUGUCGUAUGAGCAAUUCGUUACUAGGCAAUGGGUCGCGUGUGUGGAUAUGGCAGGUGGAUGUGAGCGGGGGAGGAGAAAAUUGAUCCCAAUUUCUAAUCUAUAUACUUCAAAACUCCUUUUAGUUCGUAUUUCACAAGAUACGUAUCACAUUUGCAUUUGCGUUUGUAUCAGAGGUCUCAAUGGGCUGGGCCAAGCCCGGCCCAUUCGGCCCAUGGGCCGAAAUUGUAAUGGGUACCCAUGGGCCGAAAUUUCAAUGGGCAUCCAUGGGCCGAAAUGGGUCGAAUAUAAAACAAAACGAAAAUUAUCAAAACUUCUUUCUCAAAGUAAAACUGAAAUUUCCUUCGCGAAUGAUCAUCGGAUAAAAGCAUAAUCU